UAAUGCGCUUUUAAAUAUCUAUCUGUUUAUGAUGUUUUAUUGGACAUUGCUGGUGACGUUAUCUGUAUGUGAUGUUUUCCCUCCUGUUCUUGCCGUACAUUGUACUUGUGACUGCUCUAAAUGCUUCCUCAACAAUAACAAAAAGGAUGACGAUGUAUCGAUAAGUACAAGUGAACAAAGCAUGACAGGAGAACCCGGGGUGGAUAGCACGAGUCCGAGGUCUAGAGAUGUCAACCUGACGUCCCAGCUGUACAAUACCUCACUGGCGUCUAGCCCAGACCACGACCGUGUCGCCCUUCGUUCGAUGGCUGCCAAAGCCAAGUCCGUUACAGCUAAAUCAACACCGACAGAAGCCAAUCCAAUAAGAGUAAGGAAACUGGCAAAAAGGGGAAAAACGAAAAAACAGCGGAUGAUGGAAGAGGAAGUGAAAACUACACGCUCACCACCCGUAACUAGAAAUGAAUCUACGUCACUUAACCGACAGAUUCCGAGUGACCAGCCUCCUCCUCCACAGAACACUGAGCCAAAGACAAAACUCGGAAAAGGAAAGGCAACGGAAGAAGUUAAGAGUUUGGUGGAUCUCGUAUCCAAUAAAAUCUCCCAGUCGAUACUGCAGGAGCAGGAAGCAAUGGCAAAGGAGGGAGUGACCAACGAGCGACUAUCCCAAGCCAGGCUCCAAAUGGCAACGUUUGAAACAGUUAAACGACUGGACAAGCCUCUGGAGGAUAUCGGACGUCUCACCGGUGACGCUACAACUGCUGUCAAAGUCAUAGAGAACGCCGUGGCAAACAAUGCGAUGUUUCGUCAAGCGACUUCAGACAACAAAGCUUUGUCAUCACGUAGUGGACAAUCAUCCAUCAUCAGCCUGUCUCCCAUCACCAAAGACUACAUAACGAUGAUCAUGUCAUAAAACUAUAUUUAUACUAUCGAUUCACCUAAGUAGUUUUGUAGAACACUAUGUACGCUCAUGAAGAACCUUAUCCCACCCUGUUUUCAAUUCAAAUUUUGCAGUAAUGCCGGUUAGAUAUCUUUUAAUACUCAAUAUAUCUCUAUUUGCAACACGUACCUUAUCCGAAUGCCAAUGCCAGCUACUUUUGUGUAUCCUAUCAAUUUAUUAAAAUACAGUAUAUUUGGUUAAGCCAAUCCUUAUAUAUUUGAAUAAGAAAACGAGUUUAUAUUAUGUUGGUGUUAAAGCCCCACUGGACAGUAACUGUAUUCUGUUUUUUUUUUAAAUUAACAAUACUUUUAAAUCAAGUAAAACGCUAACUUAAUUACAUACUACUUAAAAUUGUUAUAAGGAAACAAUAAAAAAACGAGUUUUGAGCAUAAAGCUCAUGUGAUUUGUGUUUGCUGAGACACAGAACACAUCCGGCCACUAACAGAGAACAACUACUCGUACCUGCACCUUGACCUGAGCUGAGACACAGAACACAACCGGCCACUAACAGAGGACAACUACUCGUGCCUGCACCUUGACAUGAGCUGAGACACAGAACACAACCGGCCACUAACAGAGGACAACUACUCGUACCUGCACCUUGGCAUGAGCUGAGACACAGAACACAACCGGCCACUAACAGAGGACAACUAUUCGUACCUGCACCUUGACAUGAGCUGAGACACAGAACACAACCGGCCACUAACAGAGGACAACUACUCGUACCUGCACCUUGACCUGAGCUGAGACACAGAACACAACCGGCCACUAACAGAGGACAACUACUCGUACCUGCACCUUGACAUGAGCUGAGACACAGAACACAACCGGCCACUAACAGAGGACAACUACUCGUACCUGCACCUUGACCUGAGCUGAGACACAGAACACAACCGGCCACUAACAGAGGACAACUACUCGUGCCUGCACCUUGACAUGAGCUGAGACACAGAACACAACCGGCCACUAACAGAGGACAACUACUCGUACCUGCACCUUGACCUGAACUGAGACACAGAACACAACCGGCCACUAACAGAGGACAACUAUUCGUACCUGCACCUUGACAUGAGCUGAGACACAGAACACAACCGGCCACUAACAGAGGACAACUACUCGUACCUGCACCUUGACCUGAACUGAGACACAGAACACAACCGGCCACUAACAGAGGACAACUACUCGUACCUGCACCUUGGAAUGAGCUGAGACACAGAACACAACCGGCCACUAACAGAGGACAACUACUCGUACCUGCACCUUGACAUGAGCUGAGACACAGAACACAACCGGCCACUAAGAGAGGUCAACUACUCGUACCUGCACCUUGACCUGAACUGAGACACAGAACACAACCGGCCACUAACAGAGGACAACUAUUCGUACCUGCACCUUGACAUGAGCUGAGACACAGAACACAACCGGCCACUAACAGAGGACAACUACUCGUACCUGCACCUUGACCUGAACUGAGACACAGAACACAACCGGCCACUAACAGAGGACAACUACUCGUACCUGCACCUUGACAUGAGCUGAGACACAGAACACAACCGGCCACUAACAGAGGACAACUAUUCGUACCUGCACCUUGACAUGAGCUGAGACACAGAACACAACCGGCCACUAACAGAGGACAACUACUCGUACCUGCACCUUGACAUGAGCUAGCGAGAGGUCGGUUUAGUGGCCUGUCGAGUGUCAUGGGCAGUCAACUUAUCAUUUGUAUAGAGGGACACGCAUAAAAAGAGCAAAAUGCUUCGUCAUAAGUAUAUACGAGUAUUCUCGUGCAAAGUAAUAAAUUACAUUUCCGCACUGUUAUAUAGAUAUGUACUAUAUCCUCACAAAGUCGGUUUAAAAUCAAUCUGCAAUUAUAGGAAAUAUAAAUCAGUGAAGAUACAUAUAUCCGUAAUAAUAUAAAAUUAUUUCCAUAAAGUGUUACUUGAUUACUGUUGGUGUAAGAUUUCUCUAACAUUUCCAAAAGUCCAUCAGCAGUCAUCCAUAAAGCUGCCGAAGUUACGUUUUUUCUAUAUACCCGUCCACAGGAUAUUUUGUGAACGAAUUAAAAAUAUCGAGGCAAUCAUUAUUCAAAUAUCAUAUAUGGAAUUAGGCUGAGAGUUAACGAAAUCUAUCACUCUUGAAGAUGACUGAAUAUAAAUUGAGCUGUAGAUGAAACUUCAUAGUGUAUAGUGAUAGACCUCAUCAAGUUGACCCACAUCUGGUCAGGGUGCCAAUAAGGAUAUGUUUAUGAUGUCCAAACAGUGGGGGUUUGGGGGGAGGUUGAGUUCUCGGGCAUAACAGGGCAACUGGGGUUUUAUAUAUUUUGUAACGAUAAUUAUGAAUACAUUAAACAUAGAUAUAUUUUUAAGAAAUGUGUACAUUAUAAAACAGUCUAAUUGUACUAACAUAUGUCAUAGAGUAAUAAAUUGAGAGAUUUAUUUUA